AACACAAAACACAGUACAACCGGGUUAGUGCUCGCUCUGGACUGAAACACAAAACGGUGAUAUCGAAAAGAGGGACUAAACUAAUGGAACAACGAACAAUCUUUACAAAUCGAAUCGGAUUUGAUUUGAAUCAGGCGGCCGUUGAUGGAUAUAUAUAACCUUCGACAUAUAUAUUGAAGGUUGAGAUAAACAUAUAUUUCUCUACAGCUGUCUAGUAUUAUAUUAGAUUUACUGGGAUAAUAUUUGUAUAUGGCCAGUCAUCAUGUAUGUGUGAAGCCGGAUAUAUGUGUGUGUGUGUCACGCAUGGAUCUCUGCUCAUCAUUGCCUAAAGGAUAGCUGCGUGGAUGUGUUCCUAGUGGUCUUGUUGUCAUUGUCCCGCUGUCAAUAGAGAGACACGCCCACACCAUGUCUGUUAAAAGAAGCAACAGCAAACAGUUGCGCGACUAUCCCGGGUACUCCGGCAACUUCACACACGUCUUUGGAGACGACGCAAUGGAAAAACCAUACCGUAGAAACUGGGAACCUCCAGCCGACUACCAGCAGAGCAUGGACCUGAGCGGCAACUGGGGGCGAGGCAACAUGUUCCAUCAGAAAUACCAGCCUCCGUCCCAUACAGAGUCCGAGGAAUGCAACUCUGACGGAAACCCAAAGACCUUCAAAAGGGUACUGACCCGGUUCGCUGAGCGGACCUCCAUGCAAGGGAUUCCCUACAUCAACACUUCAAAGACCUGGUACGCAAAACUGGUGUGGACGGUGCUUCUCUUAGGAGCCAUGGUGGCCAUGGGCAUCCACCUCUACACACUCUGCUCAAGUUACUUUCUUUUUGAAAGACAGACGCAGAUAAAGCUUGGCUUCCAGAACCUCAAUUUCCCCUCGAUCACCUUCUGCAAUGUGAACCCUGUUAAAUCUUCGAUGGCCUCGAGGGGCAGUAAGGAACUGAAGAAUUAUUUACGGACGAUUAGACCAGAGGCUGUUGCUUCUUCAAUUAAGAAGCCAUCGUUUAUCCCAAACCAGCGCCCAAAUCAGCAAGGAAGCCCAACUCCACCAAUUCCUGGUCGCAGAAAACGCUUCGUUGAGAGCUUUGAGUACAACUUCACUAACCUUAGGAGACCAGAGUUGGAACCACCUGAUGAGAAGCCACGCCCUAAUUUCUUUUCUGGCCAAAGGUCAACACUCCAUGAAAUCCGCAAGGAAUUCACUCACCUGUAUAGCUUAGAAAACAGGGAAACCCGGAUCGCGAUGGGCCAUUCCAUCUCAGACAUGCUGGUGUCAUGUGCAUUCGCCGGCGUGGUGUGCAACGACAGUUAUUUUCGGAUCCACCCCUCGUCCGCGUAUGGAAACUGUUACACUCUAGAAAACUAUGACUUCGUCAGCUUCCGGAGUGGCCCAGCCUAUGGUCUGGAGCUGAUACUGUUUUUGGAGACUGACGAGUACAUAUCAACAAUUGCUUCCGGUAUUGGGGCCCAGUUUCUUAUACACGGCACAAACACUUGGCCAGACCCGGAAGUUGAUGGGACAUCGGUUUCAGCUACAAUGGAAACGAAUAUAGGCAUGCGCAUGCUUGAGAUUCACAGGCUGGGUGGGCUGUAUGGUGAUUGUGAUGACGGCACAGCCUUCAAAGCUAGAUAUGGGAUGGAAUAUACCAGGAAGUCUUGUCAGACAUUCUGUGUGCACGAGAGAAUCAUCAACCGAUGUGGUUGCUAUGAUGAACUUAAGGAAACACUGUAUGAAAACAUUAAUAGCUCGAUGCCGGGGAGGAAAGUUCACCCAUGCCGGACCAGAGAAGAAGCGGCGUGCUUACUUCAGAUCGAGUCAAGAUGGGAGACGGGCUUGUUCCAGUGCAAUUGCUUCAACCCAUGCCAUGAGACAUUGUAUGAGAAAACUACGCACACCCGCAUGUGGCCUUCCGAUGCGUAUGCAAGUAUGCUGGUUCAGUACUUAUGCAACAACAAGAACGAAACCGAGUGCGAACGUUUUGAAAAAAUGGCUUCUCGGGAACUCAUUCGAAACUUCAUGAAGAUCAACAUUUUCUUUGAAGAUUUAAACUUUGAAAAUAUAACAGAAACACCAGCGUAUGAGGAUGUUCAAUUUUAUUCCGACAUCGGAGGCACGGUAGGUCUGUGGGUGGGGCUCUCAGUGCUGAGUCUGGCUGAAGUGCUUCAGUUCCUGUGGGAGGUCAUCCAAUACCUGUUCUGUUGGCGCCGAUGGAAGAAGAAGAAACCAGAACAGACUGCAGACAGGUCCAACUUGGACAAACAGGUACGAGCACAGGUGUCAUCGAACCUGACCACCAGAUUGCCAUCCACGUACAGGGGAAAUGCCUUAUACUGAGGACGACGC